AUGGCCGCUCAAGCCAAUAUUCCAUCAGACAUUUCCGAUGACCUUAAAGCCGUCAUUUUGCAAACACUCGAUGCAGACUUGAAUGGAACUAUACUUGACUCCCUAUUGCAAGGUAUCACAGCUGCGAUCUGCACCAUCCUUGCAGACUCCACUAUUGGAUGUGCACCGUACCGUUACGGAUACGACCGUAGCAAUACGGCCGUAGACCGUAUAAAAAUUAUCGGCCACGGUACGAUUUGGCGUUGUUGGACCGUCUGGGGACGGCGGUGGCUGCUUAUUCUGCCCCCUAUUCUUUCUCUUAUCGCCGCAGUUGGUAUGAACACACAGCUCAGUGCAGUCUUCAAAAGUAUUGCUACGUACCAACUAUAUGUUUUUCCGGAUGAUUACCCUCACUUUUUCACGCCCUAUUCAUCCUGUGUCCUUGCCACGACAUUGUGGUGCACCUUAUUAAUCAUCUACCAAAUUGUCACUGUCGCACUGGCAGCAGGCGAAGCGGGAGGUGGACUCAGAGCUUACCGCCACGUCCUCGAGGUCUUGAUCGAGUCAUCAGCUCUUUAUUCAAUAGCCUUGAUCUUAUGCACCGCCUUCUUUGCUCGCAAUACCAUUUCAAUCAUGUACCUCGAUGCCUUAGCGGCAAUUGCACGGGGAAUUGCUCCGACACUCCUUGUAGGGCGUGUCGCAGCAGGUCACGCCCGCCCAGAUGACUCGUGGCAGGGAAGUGUAAUCUCGGGAUCACUCCGUUUUGGUAGUCAUUCUGGGGUUCAGAGCUCUGGGAUUGAAGAUCUUGAAGCCCAGCGGGAGAGAGGCGAUGAAUAUAGUCAUCGAACUCUGGCGGACUCUGAGGAAGAUAUUGGCGUUGAAUCAGCUGAGUGUAUCAUUCUGGAGGAUCUCCCAAAGGCUCGCGUGGGGAAGCGAGCGGAUGGUUACCUGAUUGACGAGGAUGGUAUUCGUGUAGAUCGUCGAGUCGGAUAG